AGUGAGGACUCAUUUCUCACGACGUCGUUUGCAAACGCGACAUUGUUUGUCCACAUUGCAAUCAUCGACACUGCGACCGUAUUUGCCUUCAACCAUACGCCAAAAACCCAAAGGAAGACUCGUUUACUUCGAUCUUCAGGUCAUCUUCUUUCCCUAAUUUCCCAUUUACAAUUUCCAGCGCUCAAAACCUAACCGGUCAAAAAUGGGGAAAACUACCUUAGCGACCGCCGUCGCCGCCUUCCUGCUCCUCCUUCUGGUGCCCCCUUCCACGGCGGAGAUAAAAACCCUCACCAUAACCUCCGACACCCGCCCCAUGAUCCUCUUGGAAAAAUUCGGGUUCACGCACACUGGCCACGUGUCGAUCGCGGUCUCCUCUGUGUCCGUUGUGGCGUCGUCGGGGUCGCAACCGGACCCUUCCCGGUUAGGGUUCUUCCUCCUGAGCGAAGAGUCUCUUCUCCAAGUCCUAAUCGAGAUCCAGCAAAACCCCAGGUUCUGCGUCCUGGACUCGCGCUACAUCAAGGGCCUCCUCACCUUCCGGGAACUUUCUCCCCCACCCGCCGCCUCUGUCAACCGCAUCUUCCCCGUUACAAUCGCCAAUGAAUACAGUCUCUUCUUUGCCAAUUGCGCGCCGGAAACCUCCGUCUCCAUGGCGGUCCACACGGAGCUCUACAACCUCGACCCCGACAACUCCCGGGACUACCUCUCCGCCGGCCAGACCCAGCUUCCCUCCCUUUUCUUCCUAUUCUCCGUUGCCUACUUCGCCUUCCUCGCCCUCUGGCUCUACCUCUGCCACUCCAACCGCCGCUCCCUUCACCGGAUCCACCUCCUCAUGGGUGCCCUUCUCCUCAUGAAGGCCCUCAACCUGCUCUGCGCCGCCGAGGACAAGCACUACGUCAAAAUCACCGGCACACCCCACGGCUGGGACGUCCUCUUCUACAUCUUCCAGUUCAUUCGCGUCGUCCUCCUUUUCACCGUCAUCGUCCUCGUCGGCACUGGCUGGUCCUUCCUCAAACCCUUCCUCCAGGAGCGCGAGAAAAAGGUCCUUAUGAUCGUCAUCCCCCUCCAGCUCCUCGCGAACGUCGCCUCCGUAGUCAUCGGUGAAACCGGCCCCUUCAUCAAGGACUGGGUUACUUGGAACCAGGUCUUCUUGCUCGUCGACAUCGUCUGCUGCUGCGCCAUAAUCUUCCCUAUUGUCUGGUCCAUUAGGUCUCUCAGGGAAACUUCCAAAACCGACGGAAAAGCCGCCAGGAACCUGGCCAAGUUAACCCUCUUCAGACAAUUCUACAUCGUUGUCAUUGGCUACUUGUACUUCACGCGCAUUGUUGUCUUUGCACUUAAAACCAUUGCGGCGUACAAGUACCAGUGGGUGAGCAAUCUCGCCGAGGAGACUGCUAGCCUCGCCUUUUAUGUGGUCAUGUUCUACAUGUUUAGGCCUGUGGAGAGGAAUGAAUACUUUGUCCUCGAUGAGGAGGAAGAAGAGGCCGCGGAGAUUGCCCUCAGGGACGAAGAAUUUGAGCUUUGAAACAAAUUCACUGACUACAUUUGAGUGCAACAUGGUUGCAUGCGUGGAUGACUUAGGAGAAAAUUGACAUAUUGAGCAAGUGAAGGAUGCAAUUGAGCAGAGUAAUACCUGGCUCCGCAUUUUUUUUUCAGAGUACCUUGAAGCAAAGCAAGACUUGAUUGAUGGGCAAGUGGGGAUUUUGUGGUUUAACUAUACUGCGUAACUAGUUACGUAUUAAAUGUAUGUAUGAUUUUUUAUUCGCCCUUGGUAUUUACUUGUUCUAUUUUGUGAAAGAUGUGCUAGAAAUGCUGUUGUGUUUACUGUUUGAUAUAUAAACUGUGCAGACUCAUAUAAAA